AUGGCAACCGCUCGUUCAGUAGCAAUCAUUGGUGGAGGAAUCGGUGGUUUGACUCUAGCUAACAGUUUAUCACAAAUAGGGAUGUCCGUCUCAUUAUAUGAACGUGCUCCUUGUUUUAUUCCAACUUCUGGUGCUGCUUUUGGCCUUCAACCAAAUGGACAAAUAUCACUUGAAUCUAUUGGUUUUCAAGAUCAAGUGAAAAAAAUUAUUCAACCUUUUCUUAAAUGGCAAAUAAUUGGUGACAACGGAGAACUGUUAGCUGCAUCUGAUAGGUUAAGUGAAUAUGGACAACGAUUUGGUUAUUUUCUUGGUGGUGCAAUUCGUUCUGAACUUGUUGAUAUAUUGAAAGAGCCAAUAGAAAAAAGUGAUAAUUUACACUAUUCACAUAAUCUGAUAAAUAUUAAACAAGACGCUAAUGGAGUUACACUUUUAUUUGAAAAUGAAGAUCAACAAAAAUCAGUUCACGCCGAUAUGGUUAUUGGUGCCGAUGGGAUACGUUCAACAGUUGUCAAACAAAUAUUCACUGAAACAGCUGCGCCAGUACAUUCAAAAGAAAAUAUUUUUUAUGGUAUUAUAGAUAAUAUCGAUCAACAAACAUCGAUUAAUCCAUUGGUAACAGCAAAAAAUACUAUGACACAAUAUUUCGGCUUUGGAGAAUUUAUUACCUAUCGAGCUGGUCAUAAAGGGCAGCUCAUGUGGGCUGUUACUUAUCCAUCUAUGGCGCCUCCGUCAACAAGUGAGGAUUUUGAAUGGACAGAAAUUAAUAAUCAGCGUGACUUAAAUCAAUGUUUAAAAAGAUUUCCUCAAUCACAUCCUUUUCAUCAAUGUGCAGCAGCAACCGAUAAAACGCGUUUACUUCAUUUCGGAUUAUUUUAUCGUCAACCACGUAACGACGGUUGGCACCGUAAUAGAAUUUGUUUAUUAGGUGAUUCAUGCCAUGCAACAUUACCUUAUGUUGGACAAGGAGCAAAUAUGGCCAUAGAGGAUGCAAUUUCGCUUGCACAGUGUUUAGAGAAAUAUAAGUUUCAAAUGGAACCAGCAUUUCAAGAAUACCAUAAGAAGCGGUUUAAUCGAACAAAACGUGUUGUAAAUAUGGCACGAUAUAUGGGAUUAUUUCUUCACUCUGAAAAUCCGCUUGUUCAUUCAAUUAGACAACGUUUGGUUCCAUGGUUAAUGCAAUCUAAUAUGAUGAUUAGAAUGGCCGAAAAAGAACUGUAUGAAAAUUGUCCUGUUCCUAUGGAACAAAGAAAACCAAUAGAUAAAUAA